GUCUCACCACCAACACCACCACCCAUCCCCAGCCACGUUGACCUGCCUCUGUGCUUGUUCCGACCCAGGCCAGGCCAGGCCAGGCACUGCUCUUCUGCAGCCGUCACGCCAGCCGUGAGCGCGUCCGCCCGCCCGUCCGUCCGUGGGCCCCUUUCCCGGCCAGCAUGCUCCAGUGGCUGCGUCUCACCUCACCUGCUGCGUUGCUGCUCAUCGUCGAGUCUGCCCUGCCCUGCGCGGCUCGCGACUCGAGGUGAUCGGUGUCUCACCCGACACGGACGUCCGAUCCGACCGGCGGCGUCUCACCUGCAGCGACACUGCCAUCUCAGACGCCACAUGUCUCUGCUUGGCCAUGUCGUUCUUGUCCAAGAUGCUGGCCCGGCGCAGGGACCGCCGCCCUCCCAAGCGCUCGGCCGCCCACAUUCCCCGCGGCAUCGCCACCGACCUCGACGACGAUGUCUGGAACGGCCCGUCGCUGGGCCCCGACGUCAUCCCCGCCAUCCCCCGCUCCCCGAUCGACUACGCCUUCAACCAGAAGCGCAACGUCUGGGAGCCCCAGCCCCGGCCCGUCUCGCCCAUCCUCCCCAUCCAGGCCGAUGCCAACCGCCAGCAGCGCCUCCUCGACCAGCAGCGCCAGCAUCGCGUCCGCCACCAGGCCUCCACGGGUGACCUCGAGCGCAUCGUCUACUUCAUGUCCUCCCCCACCGCCUCCACCUUCUCCUCCACCUCGCUGCCGCCCCUGACUCAGCAGGACGACAAGCCCCUCCACCGCCCCGGUAGCAGAAGCAGGGAGGCGCUGUCACGAUGGGGGUCGACCACCAGGCGCCAGCAGAGCCCCUCGAGGGUAGACCGGUCCUCCUCCGCCACCCCAUCCCCGCUGAGCACCCUGGAGUCCUUUGACGUGGGAACCCUGCCCAUUGAAGGGCCCGGCGGAUCGCUCGCCUCGCCUGCCGACGGGUCCUCCUCUGCAGGCGGCUCGGACACGUCCGAAGAAGACGAGCGGCUUCCCGGUCGUCGGUACAUGCGUGAUGCUGUUGCACGUCUCCCGGCUGACCAGGAGGAGUACUUUGAGCCACCCCCGCCACCACGCGAGCUGGCGCGUCAGAAAUCUUUCCAGAAAAUUGGCUCGCAGCAGCAGCAGCGCGGCCUGGCCGACCAAGUCGAGUACCUCUCUGACGGCACCGACUCCGACUAUGAUACCGAGAAGGACCAGCACGAACCGCAGGGGCUCGAGCAGUUCAGCAGGAGUAGCAAGCAGCAGCAGCAGCCGCUUCAGAGUCCCAGUAUGAGCACCUCGACGGCUACUACAGGGCCAUUUCUCGUGGACACCAUGGAGGAGGAGGAGGAGGACGACGACGACGACACGGAUGACGAACUCGCCAGACUCCGCCAGCUACAGUCUCAGAGAUACAUGCAGCUGCAGCCGCGACAGCAGCAGCAGCACACUAAUCACGAAAUAAACGAUUACCAAGUGUCGGACGAGGACGAGUAUGAUGACGACGACGACUACGACGACGCAGCAUACGAGGACGAUACCGUGAGCGAGCUGUCGUCGUACUCAGCCGCCGCCGCCGCAUUCCCCCUCGCCGCGGCGUCGUCGACCAUCGGAAUCGCCACCACCGUCAACGGCAAGAGCGCCGCCACCGCCGCUGCCGUCGCCGACACUGGAGGAGAGACUGCCUCCACCUUCUCCUACCAGAGCACUUACCAGAGCACUUACCAGAGCCAGAUGGACAUCAGGGCCACUGCGCUGUCCCCGCCUCCACCUGCGCGGAUGUCAACUGCGGCAAGUCAUAGGCUUACUGAUGCGUCACGCUACAACUACAACAACGACCGGGCAAGCAGCAAUGUCGUCAACCUUGCCACCUUGGAGGCGGAUAGCAGCAGUCGCGACGGGACGUUCAGUCGGACAGACAGCAACUUCAGCAGCGGUGGUGGUGGUGGUGUUGCUGACCGCCAUGGUGAUGACCGAGGCCGGACGAGCUGGGUGAGCAGCGUGUCGUCGUACUACGGACAGCCUGAGAAUGCGCGGUGAAACGACAGGGAGAGUCUGGCGGCGAUGGCUGGCGGACUUUUUCUUCGACAGGAACCUCGCACCACAAGGAAGAGGGGGCAAGAACGUGGAGAUGAGAGGCGGGACAUAAUUACACACGCUCGGACUAAUGCCUUGGAAGAUACAGCUGGUGCUCACUUGUCUCUGUCGGUAAAGACGAGGGGGUUGAGAGCACCACGGUGGGUGGUCAGGGGAGGGGUGAGUUAUAGAUAUAUUUUUGGCCAUGUCGUGAGCAGGAGAUACCAGAUACCAAUAAUUGGGAGCACAGGCAAUACCAUGAUCAGCGAUUCUUUUGACGAG